AUGAGUGAUGCUUAUUCAGGUGACCGAGCCGGACCCAGUUCUAGAGGCAGAGGGAGGCUGCGAGGUAUUCGGGCUAGGCGCCAUGUACCGUACUCGGCUCGCCACAACCGACCAAGGGGAGCGAAAAUCGCCUCAUAUCACAGCCCGGAGGAGUGUAAUCCUGGCUCGUCGGAUGACUCCACACAGCCCCCAAGUCCCCCACCAUCUACCAACCCAAUCCCCACACCAGCGCCUACUCGGGAAGCCUCACCAGUGCGCGAACAAUCACCUCCUAGAGAAGACGCGAGAUUGGAGGACGCCAGUAUACCACAAACUGUUGCGGACGCCCCCACAGAACCUGAAGUAACGCAGCAACAAAGAAAACGAUUUCGUGGGCCCGCUAGAUGCAUCGAGUUUGAGAAGGUGAGGAAGUACGGGAAAAUACUUUUAAAGAUAAAUGAUGGUGAGACUGCCCCGUGUUGUGAGCAUGCUUCUAUGUUCACGACACGAGUAUCCUGGAUUGUUAAACAAUACUGUGACAUGAGCUAUGCGCGCUGGACCGAUGUCCCAGAAGCCAUGAAAGAGGAGCUCAUUGAUCGUGUUCGGUCUGACUUCGUGCUCGACUGGGAACGGGAAAACCACCGAUUGACGGUGACAAAGGCACUUCGUAAGCGCUUCAACUCCUUCCAUCACGAUUUGCACAAGAUUUACCAAUCAUUUGAAAGCCAUGAAGAGGCGUUAGCUAGUGGGACAAGCUUGGUGGACCCUCUUGUAUGGGUCAAGUUGUGUGGAAGGUGGGGCAGUGAUGCAUUUAAGAAAAUUUCAUCUCAAAACCGGGAGAACAGGAAGAAGCAGGCAAUUAAUCACACAUCAGGACGUAAAUCAUUCGUCCGAAUCCUUGAGCAAAAGCGCGCUGAGAAUGGAAAUUUGGUUGACUUCUAUAAAGAGACGCGCUGGUCGAAGAAGAAGAACAAGUUUGUGACAGAUGCUACAGAAGAAACAUACAAGGAGAUGACAGGUAGGUUGGAUGGCCUAGAACCAGAGCAACGUAAUGAUGAGGCAGCAGCGACUGUCUUCAGGGAGGUCCUUGGCCAUCGACCUGGAUAUGCGCGAGGACUCGGGGAGAUGGUCAUUCCCGAGUCAAGUAGACAACGUGACCAACUUAAGAUGCAAUGCUACCUGUCUGAGAUUGAAAGACACAAGAAAGACUCUAAACAACAUAAGAAAGAUGCUGAAGCGUAUAAGAGUCAGCUGGAUGAAAUGAGAUCAGAGAUGCGGGCUCUUAGGGCGCAUCAGAUGCAGACUGAUAGAUUGCUUCAGGAGUUCUUUAAGGAUCAUCCUUCAUUCACUGAGUCGUAUCGACAGACUCAGUGUAACGAUUCCCCCGACCCAUAAGGGGGGUGACAUGCUCCUUGGUUUUUUGUACUGGAUUGGGUGGUUUUUUGUUAGACAAU